ACGCACGAGCGGCUGCGCCACUUGCUUGCCUGAUCUCCGGCUCCUAGUCUGUCCAGUCGUUUUGCAGUACACAGCCACCCAGGCCUUGACGAAAGGCUACGAAGCGUCGGGACCUUGGUUCAUUUUCUCCAGAUCUGACAGUACAGGUCUCGUAUGAUUGAGUGAGCUGAUUUUUGCUACAACAACUAGCAAAAGAGCGUUCUGUGCAGCGGUUCUACCCGAUCCCUCAAAAUUUAGUCGGACGUUGUAGUACAGUUGGACAGGUCUGAGCUCUUGACAUCGAGGGUGUCCAGAGACCAUUAACAGGAUGGCAUGCGGCUGUACUUGCAUUGGCUCUGCAGAAGACGCCCCAGACUCCGGGAAGUUGACGCCCAUUGAGAAGCGAGGAUGUACCGAUUGCCUGUGCUGUAUCAUCUUCCUCCUCUUCUGGGUGGGCAUGUUCUUCAUUGCUGGCUACUCCAUCGCCACCGGUAAUGUGAUCCGCCUCAUCUACGGCUAUGACAGCUACGGCAACAUCUGUGGGAUGAAAAACUCCAAGAUUGAGAAUGUGACCCAGUCAGGCAUGGACAUGACAGACAGAGGUCGUGUCUUUUUCAUGGACAUCCGACAGCCAGGCCCCUCGUUGGAGAUCUGCGUUUCGCAGUGUCCACAGGAGAUGCUGAACACCACUGCAGACAUCAAGAAGUUUGCCGAGGAUACGGGAUCCAAGCUGUGCGACUACGACGUGAAGGUGGCUGACUACGAGAGCACCCCACGGGGACUGGACGGGCCAUGUCCGGCCAUCGUGUAUGGAAGCGAUGUUGUGCUGAACCGCUGCGUCCCCGACGACAUUCAGGAGUUGGGCAAGGACGCCAUCGCAGCCCUGAUCAACUUCCUGAAUUCCUCCCGCCUCAUCUCCAAGAUCAUGGCCGACCUGUACAUGGCGCGCUGGGCCAUCCUGGGCAUGUGCGGCAUCGCAUUGGCGUUGGCAUUCAUUAUGGUAUUCCUGAUUCGCCUUGUGGCGUCUGUCAUUGUCUGGCUCAUCUACAUUGUCUCCAUUCUGGGAGCAAUAGGCGGCACUGUGGCUCUGUGGGUGACGUACGCCCUGAGGAAGAAGGAACUAGAUGCCAUGGAGGUGGAUGUUGAUGCUGUCAGCCGCAACGUCACUACUUUCCUUGUCUUUGCCAUCCUGGCCACAAUUUUCACAGUGAUUCUGCUCCUGGUGAUCCUGGUCAUGCGGAAGCGCGUCGCCUUCACCGUGGAGCUCCUGGAGGAGGCGGGCAAGGCCAUGGCCGCCAUGCCCUUCCUCCUCAUCCAGCCCAUCUGGACGUUCCUCAUUAUGAUUGUGUUCUUCGUCUACAUUGUCGUGGUGUUUGUCGCCCUCUCUGCCACGGGUACUCCAAAGCUCAGUCCCGAUACGGGUCAUGUGAUCUAUGACCCCCCGGAGCCGGUCAGCUACAUGUGGUGGUAUCACGCCAUCGGCUUCAUCUGGACGGCCGAGUUCAUCCUUGCCUGCCACCAGUUCGUCAUCGCCGGCAGCGUCGUGGAGUGGUACUUCACCCGGGACAAGAAGACUUUAAGCUCCCCAAUCCUGAAUGCCAUCGGCGUUCUGAUCUGCAACCAUCUCGGCUCCAUGGUGUUCGGCGCUUUCAUCAUCCUGCUGGUGAAGAUCCCCCGUGCCAUCCUGCUGUGGAUUCAGAUCAGGUUGAAGGGUAAAGAAGGUCCAGUCGUCAAGUUCAUCCUGAGUUGUCUGUCCUGUUGCCUCUGGUGUCUGGAGAAAUUCCUCAAAUUCCUCAACGAGAAUGCCUACAUUGUUAUCGCCAUUGAGGGUGGCGGGUUCUGCAGCUCAGCGAGAAAGGCCUUCAUCAUUCUGCUGUCCAAUGCACUGCGUGUGGCAGCCAUCAACUGUGUGGGGGACUUUGUGCUGUUUCUGGGCAAGCUGGCCGUCGUUGCCCUCACGGCUGUGUGUGGACUCGCCAUCAUGGGGACUGGUUCCUUCAGUCUGUCGACCAAUGAGACUCUGAUCUUCUACGCAGUGUCUCUGUUUAUUGGAUGUGUUUUUGCCUACUUUACGGCCUCCUGUUUCCUGAGUGUGUAUGAGAUGGCUGUGGACACGCUGCUGUUGUGCUUCUGCGAGGAUGUGAGGGUCAAUGAUGGAUCACCCGAGAAGCCCUACUUCAUGGAUCCCGAUCUCAUGGCCUUUGUCAGCAACAGCAGUGAGGCCCUGGCCAACCUCAAGAAGAAGAAGAGGAAGGGCAAGCUGCAGGCCGUGCCCGGGGAGGAUGCACCCGACGCAGCCACACCUGCCCAUGUCGCCCUGAAAGAGGAAGAGGAUGAAGAGAGGUCCUCCCCGCCUGCAUCCGGGGAGGUGAAGGAAGGAGCAGAGGAGACGGCCCCGCUGAGGGACGGGGAGGAGAAAGAGGGAGCAGAGGAGACGGCCCCACUGAGGGACGGGGAGGAGAAAGAAGGAGCAGACGAGAAGAAUGAAACACCGAAAGACGAGCAGUAGAUAGCACAAGAUGCGGGGAGGUAACAUCGAGAGGGGCAGAGAGGGUUGCAAGUGGUAUAUUGCACACUGGACAGUUCAAAAUGUCGAUCAUCAGGAUGGGAGGGUGUACAUGUGAAGAGGUCAAGUGUGGGUCACCUUACAGUCCAUAUUCACUUGAAUCUGAAAGCCUUGGGUAACCAAACCAUGUUGAACAUCAUUGUUGCUUGAAUGUAUUUGGGGAAGAAAGGUUGUUCCUGUUGUUCUUCAACUUUGGGAUUUUUUUGGGUUUUUUGGUGAGGACUUUGGAGAUUUUAUUGUUUUAUUUCAUGGAUUUGGGAAAUUAUCCAUUUUGGAAUUGUGAGAUUGAAUCUCUGUGAGAAAUAUGAGAAACUGGAAUUUUUGGGCUGGGGAUUAUUGUCUGCAGUGGAUUCGGAAAGGAUCAAGGGAUUGUGCUUGCCAAAAUGUCAUUGGUGUUUAGAAGUGGCGAAAAGUUUUGGUUGUGGAGCUGCUCAGUCAGUGUUCUUGAUUUCUUUAGAUUGCAUCUAGAUGUUCAGAGUAGUGCUUUAAGGAGGUGAUUCAGAGGUAGUUGCUUUGUGGAGGUACUUUCAGGGGGAUCAGCAGUACCCCUCUAAGGAAAGGAAAUCCACUUUUGUAAACUGUUGUGGUUCUGCCAAUCAGUAUGGUGGCAACUCUAGGAGGGAAUGAUGGUUUUGUUGUAGGGUAAUAUUGUGUUAGCAAAUGACAGUGCAUUAUGCAUGUUACUGUGUUACUGUUGGAAAUAUAAAUUUCUUAAUGGUUAUAUUAGUCUUUUUGGCUUAAUAUGGGAGGGGAAUCGGGAUACAUCCAGCUUGACCCCCUCCCACUUUCCAAUCUUAUUGCUCCACCCCUUUUUUUCCCCAGCCAUUCUGGUGUCAUUCCAACGUGUUGACAGUCAGGAGCAUAUAGUAAUCAUGCAUGUAAUCUACUUAUUCUUCUAAUGUGGACAUUUUACCUUGUAUCAUGUAGUGAGAUGUAUACACUAUUAUCAUGAAUCUAUGAAUUAACUGUUAAUAAUUUAAUGAUGAAAUUGUGGGAGCUUACAUUUAUUGCUGUGCCUUAGCAACAACAGUUGUGGUGAUGCUGGUAUUUUCUGCCUCGAAAGGUCACAUACAUGUAAGUAAGAGCCCUUGGUAUGACAUAAGAAGUGUACAACAUUGCAUCUUGUGUGGGCCGUCAUGGUACAAUUUGCCCAUCAAUGAAAAAUUUUUCUCUCUGGAAACCGAUAAUUGUUGCACAAGUUUUUGUGCUUU